CCAGCUCAUACUAGUAUUAUAUUUUUUUUCCCGGCUUCUUAAUAUCCAAUUCGGUCACGAGAGAAACCUGUGUCGUGUGCGAGUGUGGAUCCAAAACAGCUACUUUUCAAAAUUGAUCACAGCAACCACCUUCACUCCUUGUAUUCCUCAAGACAUACAACCGGUUUCUAUCAGUUGAAAAACUCAAACCUGAAGAAUCGGUCUUAUCCCCCCUUUUUUAGGCUUCCUAAUUGCUGAAUCAAACAGCAACAAAAGAUUCAGUGUUUUAUCGAAACUGCUUUUCUCUUCCCAACAAUUCCUUUGAGAUCAGAAAAAGAUUACUGGAAACUUAAAAUGAGUGAGGGUGUAAAGAGAUCCUCUUCAAAUGGCUUUGAGAAGCCUUUGACAACUGAACACCAGCAGGAAAAGGUUAAUGAGGUAAAAAGGUUGGUGGGGCCGCUGCCAGAGAAGCUGUCUAUUUAUUGCUCCGAUGCUUCAAUUGAAAGGCAUCUAAGGGCACGGAAUUGGAAUGUCAAGAAGGCACUGAAAAUGCUGAAAGAAACCUUAAAAUGGAGAGUAGCAUACAAACCAGAAGAGAUUCGCUGGGAAGAGAUUGCGCAUGAAGCACAUACAGGGAAAAUCUACAGAUCAAGUUAUGUUGACAAGCAUGGAAGAACAGUUCUUGUCAUGAGACCUAGUUGCCAGAACUCCAAGUCAAUAAAAGGACAAAUUAAGUAUUUGGUGUAUUGCAUGGAGAAUGCCAUUUUAAAUUUGCCACCAGACCAGGAGCAGAUGGUCUGGCUGAUUGAUUUCAGUGGUUUCAAUUUAUCUCAUAUCUCAUUGAAGGUGACACGCGAAACAGCCCAUGUUUUACAAGACCAUUAUCCGGAACGCCUGGGCCUGGCAAUUCUGUAUAAUCCUCCAAAGUUCUUUGAACCAUUCUGGAUGGUGGCAAAAGCCUUUUUAGAGCCUAAAACUUACAAUAAAGUCAAGUUUGUUUACUCUGAUGAAAUCAACACUAUGAAAAUAGUGGAAGAUCUAUUUGAUAUGGACUAUCUCGAAGCUGCAUUUGGUGGAAAAGAUAGUGUAGGUUUUGAUAUAACUAAGUAUGCGGAGAGGAUGAAGGAGGAUGACAAGAGGAUGCCUUCUUUUUGGACAAGAGCGAGUUCUCCCUCAGCAGCACCACAACCGGACCUGGCAUCUGCUACCUUGGACUCACUCAACUUGGACUCAAAUUCUGAUGCUUCUGACGAUGAUAAAACAGAAGGUUCCAUGCCUCAUGGAAUAGAUUCAGAUACUGUUUUCACUGAUGAAAAUACUUUAGUGAUUGAUGGUGGUAAGAAAGAAUCAGAGUCAGAGUCGGAAGAUCCGCAUCGUACUGACGUGAAACCUGAUGACAAAGCACAUGCUUGAAUUUUGCCAAGGCAGAAUGACCUGACAGCGGUUGGUGUAGGACAGCUGACAGCUGACGUAUCAUUUUAAUUAGAGACUACAAUAUCAAGAUUUUCUAUUAAGUUGUAUUGAUAACAUCAUCGAAUUUAGUGAAUGAUUUUUCAUCACUGAGUUUCAUGAUAUGGCGGUCGGAGCAAGCAUCAAAUGCACUCUUCCAUGUCCCCGUGUAUCUUGAUUCUCCUCAGUUGGUACAAAACUUUUUACCAGGCAUAAGGGCGAGUCUGUUUCUGAAAA